AUCCUGUUUCAUAUAAUAAAGAUAAUUCAUGUGUCGUAAGAACCGUUACAGUGGAAACUUCUACCAAUAUUUCACGUGAGCAAGGUUUAAUACAAGAAAUAAAUCAUGCAAUCAAAACUGAAAUGAACAAUGACCAUCCAAAUUGUGACAAUGUCAGAAUUUCAGUGAACAUUGUUCAUUCUAACUCGAAAUCCUCUGAUAAUGAGAAUCCUUAUGAUGAGAAUCCUUAUGGCUUUGAUGAUGAUAAUGAUAAUGGGAACGAUG